AUGAUAAAUCGUGAUGAAUAUAAAAAUAUUGACAAUACAUUAUCAAAACCAAUUGAAUUAAAUAAUCUUAAUACAACUCUUGAUGAUGAUGAUGAGAGUACUACAACAAAGCCCUUACUUAAUAAUUCAAAUGAUAAUGAUGAUGAACAAUCACCAUAUGAAGAAGUUGCUGCUAAUAUCUCAAAUAAAGAUGAUCCGACAGUUUUAUGUUUAACAUUUCGUUCAGUAUUUAUUGGUAUUCUAUUAACAUGUCUUAUGUCUAUUACAUCUCAAUUCUUUGCCUAUCGUACUUCACCGUUAGAUAUGAAUAUUGGUAUUGUUAUAUUAUUAGGUUAUAUGAUGGGUGAAUUCAUGUCGAAGAUUUUACCAGAACAAAUUUUUAAUAUACCAAUAAAUCCAGGAUCAUUUUCUAUGAAAGAACAUGCACUCAUUACAAUAAUGGCAACAUCUGGAAUAGAAACAAAUCAUGCUAUUCAAACAAUCACUGUUGAACGUGUUUAUUUUAAUUAUUAUGUUGAUCAUGUCAAUGCAAUAUUAUUUAUAAUAGUGAUGAAUUUACUUGCAUUAUCAAUUGCAGGUAUUCUAAAACGAUAUCUUGUAUGGCCAGCUUCAAUGAUAUGGCCAAAAACUUUGAUGACUUGUUGUUUAAUACGUACAUUAGAUAUAGAAAGUAAAAUAGAAACAAAUAAAACACGAUGGAAAAUGACACGUUCAAAAUUUUUUUGGUUAAUUGUUUUAUUUCAAUUUAUUUGGUAUUGGUUUCCAGGAUAUAUUUUUCCUCUUUUAUCUAUGUUUUCAUUUAUUUGUAUGAUUGCACCACAUAAUAUUAUUUUUUCACAAAUAACAGGUGCAAAUGGACUUAGUUUAGGUGCAAUAGGAUUCGAUUGGAAUGUUUGUGUUGCAUUUUUAGAUUCACCUAUUCUUGUUCCCUUUUGGGCUCAUGUGAAUAUAUUUGUUGGAUUUAUAGUUGUUAUUUGGAUUGUAACACCAAUUAUUUAUUAUUCAAAUACAUGGGAUUCGAAAAAAAUGCCAAUUAUUUCAAAUAGAGCUUUUGAUAUCAAUGGUGAUUAUUAUGAUUCGAUGAAAGUUUUAAAUAAAAAUUUACUUUUAAAUGAAACAGCCUAUGAAAUUUAUGGUGGAAUACGAAUGACUGCAGCUUAUGCUGUUUCAUACUGUUUUGUCCUUGCUGCCCUUUCAGCAUAUAUUGUGCAUACAGUACUUUACCAUGGUAAAUUCAUUGUCGAACAAUUUCGUAUGACAUUAUCUGAUAAAAAAAACGAUAUUCAUGCUAAACUUAUGUCUUAUUAUCCAGAAGUUUCUGAGUGGUGUAGUCCAUUAUUACCAGGAUAUAUUAUGAUUAUUGCAAUUGUUAUAAACAUUAUUAUGAUGAUACCAACAGGUGUUAUUGUAGCAGUAACCAAUAUGACAUUGAUUCUAGGUGUUCCUAUUGAUAUUCUUAGUAGUUUUAUCUUACCUGGUAAUCCUAUUGGUUUCUUAACACUUCGAGCCUAUACAUUUUCAUGUCAAAAUCUAAUUAUAAAUUUUUUAAUUACUUUUAAAUUUGCUCAUUAUAUGAAGAUUCCACCUCGUAUUACAUUUUCUAUGUUAUUGGUGUGUCCAUUACUUGCUGGUAUAGUACAUUAUAUAACAGCAAUACAUCUUCUUACUCAUAUAUCAAAUAUUUGUACACAAAAAAAUCUAAUAUGGAAAUGUCUCUCUGUAGAAAUUCUCUAUACAUCAUCGAUUAUGUGGGGUGCAGUCGGUGGUGCAAAAACAUUUGGUGUAGGUUCAAUGUAUGCUCUAUUACUUUUCGGAUUACCUGUGGGUGUAGUUUUACCUAUUAUAAGUUGGGUUUUAUGGAAAAAAUUUCCAAAUAUAAAAUGGUUAGCAUUAAUUAAUUUUCCGAUUAUUUUGGCGGCAACAAUUAAUAUUCCACCAGCACCAGCCGUUGAAUUUACAACAUGGUUUUUAAUGGGUUUUAUUUUUAAUUUUAUUUUAUAUCGUCAUGCACAUGAAUGGUGGGAAAAAUAUGCAUAUGUAUUUUCAGCUGCAAUGAGUUGUGGUGUAGCAAUAUGUGGAUUUGUUAUAUUUAUAACAUUACAAGGUAAUGGUAUUGAAUUUCCCCAAUGGUGGGGAACCGGCGGACCAACUAGAGAUGGUUGUCCAUUAGAAAUUGCAAACUAUUCAGGAUUUGUCCUAACUAACAAGGAAUUGUAA